AGGGGUGCUGAAUCCACCGCAGGCAAAAGCAUCCUGAAAUUGAUUCUGAGCAGUUCUGACUGGUGAGAGCUGCCACUGACCGGUUAGAGCUGGUCCAGGUCCUGCCAUGCCCGUUCCACUGCUCCCGAUGGUGCUUCGAUCGUUGCUGUCCCGCCUGCUGCUGCCUGUUGCCCGCCUGGCCCGGCAGCACCUCCUGCCCUUGCUGCGCCGGCUGGCCCGCCGACUGAGCUCCCAAGACAUGAGAGAGGCUCUGCUGAGCUGUCUGCUCUUUGUCCUCAGCCAGCAACAGCCACCGGAUUCUGGAGAGGCCUCCAGAGUGGACCGAUCCCAGAGGAAGGAGAGAUUGGGCCCCCAGAAGUGAGGCCAUGGGUCCUGGAAACAGCAACGCCCAUCAAAGUGCUUUUGGAGCCGGUUAGUCCAGGCGUCGGUCCGCACGCACGCACGGGCACGGACCGCAGACUGCCCAGUGGGUGAAGACAGUCCGGGCUGAGUGCAAGAGGGCUCUGACCUGAACAGUUCCCACUCCCCUAGCUCCUAGCAGGCUACAGAUUGUGUUGAUUGCCCCUUCCUCUCUGCAGCUUCCUCUGCCUUAUCUCUGGCCUCCAGGGUGGGCCUGCAAAUGCAGGUAUCAAGGUCAGUUAAGAGAUGAUGUUUCACUUAGACGCCAGACAAUUUAGCUAAGAGGUGGUAUUUAAAUCCAAACUGUCCUGUCUACCUUAAAAUUAUAAGACCUUGCUUCCCGUUAAAGACUGAAUACUUUCAAAGCUUGGUACGCAGCAGGUAGUCAAUAAACGAGGACAGUGUGUUGUUGUUAUUGG